UUCGGCCUCGACAGCAUGCAUCUUCUCUUUCUUCAGCUGCUUCUCCUGCCUCUAGGGAGAGCUGCAAGGCACGGGGACGGCCGCCAGGGUCACAAUUCUGUUUCUCUCUUGCUCCUAGAAAGGCAUCGCAGAGAGCUCUCCUUGGGCAACCAUGAGGAAGCUGAGGAGAAGCCAGAUCUGUUUGUGGCAGUGCCACACCUAAUAGGUGCCAGCACUGCAGGGGAAGGCCAGAGGCAGAGAGAAAAGAUGCUGUCCAGGUUUGGGAGAUUCUGGAAGAAGCCUGAGAGAGAGCUGCACCCACCCCAGGGCUCAGUCAGUGAGCAAUUCUUCCCUGGGACCCAGGGUCUCACUCAGCCAAAGGAUGGGAUGCCCGCGGAGAAAUCUCCUCUUCGGGAAGAAGCCAAGAAAUUCUGGCACCGUUUCAUGUUCAGAAUGAGUCCAGUUUCUCAGGGGAUCAUCCUGCCCAUCAAAAGCCAUGAAGUGCAUCGGGAGACCUGUAGGACGGUGCCCUUCAGCCAGACUAUCACCCAUGAAGACUGCGAGAAAGCGGUUGUACAGAACAACCUUUGCUUUGGAAAAUGCGGCUCUGUUCGUUUUCCCGGGGGCGCUGCACAGCACCCCCCCACCUUCUGCUCUCACUGCCUGCCUGCCAAGUUCACCACGAUGCACUUGCAGCUCACCUGCGCCGGCCUGGCCCCCGUGGUCAAGCUGGUGAUGCUGGUGGAGGAGUGUCAGUGCAAGGUGAAGACAGAGCAACAGCACGGCCACCCUGAACAGGCUGGCUUUCAGGCAGAAUUUCACGUCCAGGAUCCCUUUAUCCCAGGACUUUCAACAUAAAAACAAGCCAUCCCACUAUUAUCAGCGAAAAGUUGCUGAUUAUUCAGUCUGAAAUGUUAAGUGGGUAUGUAAUAUUUUAAGAGAAAUGUGGUUUACAAAGUAAGAACGAUUCAGAGGUCAUGGCAUUCAUCUAGUUCUCGGUGCCCAUUUGGGAUCUGGUCUUGACUCUGCCGCUAACUGGCUGUAGGAUGUUAACAAGUUGCAGAAGCUUUCUCCCCCUUAAAUUUUUCAUCUAUAAAGGAGGGACUUGAACUAGAUGAUUGCUAAGGUCCUUUCCGCUCCUAAUAUUGCAGGAUCUAUUGUCUACAAGUUUUGGUAAAAGCCUUCCAUCUGAAGAAGGGAAAGAAACUAGGCCAUAAAAAUGGGUUUCUUUAAUAGCUUACCACAGCAUUAGCAAAAAACUAUAUGUAUAUAUUUAUACAUAUAUGUAUAUAUGCUUGUAUAUGUACAUAUCUGUAUGGUAUUUGUAGAAAGGAUUCCUCAUACUUAUAGCUGCCUUUGCCCUCAGGCCAUGUUUUAUUUGACUUCUAUCAGAUGAUUAAGUAGUUCCAUAGAUAGAAGGAGUAACUUGUUUGGUUGCCUCCUUAUUUUUGAUACUCCCCAUAUAAAAUUCUUGAUGUCAGAUCUCCAGCUUUGAAGAAGGAACAUUGACGUUACUUUUAGUGGUUUACAUAGGGAUAAGGAACAAUCAUUAGUAGCCAAACUAGUACUUAAAUUAUGGGGAAGGAAAAAUAUAUGACCAGUACCAGGUUUAAAGGUUAAUCCAGAAAUGCUAAUGCAAGUGACCAAGGAAUUCCAGUAGAUGUCAAAUUAAAUAAACUGCAAAUGAUUUAAAAUUAAAAAAACAAUUUACAGGUGAAAUCCUUAUCCACAUGCAUUUUGGAUUAGGUAGUUUAGUAAGGGUUCUGUGUUUGGAUGACUGUGUUUUUGCUACUGUAUAAAAACUCCGUAUUACAAAUUUUAUUUGCCAAUGUCGCAGUUGCAAAUUCUGAAAAUAUUCCAAAUAUUUUAACGUAUUAAAUUUUAGUGUA